UACACCCCUCCCUCUCAAAAAAUCUCACACCACAUACCAUACAACACAUUUCCCAGAAAAACAACCACCGACCAUGGCCGAAGAACACCACCACCACCUCUUCCACCACAAGAAGGAUGACGCCAUCGCAGAGCCUGCAGUUGUCGAUUACGAGAAAGAGGAGAAGCACCACAAGCAUCUCGAGCAGCUCGGCGAGCUCGGUACUGUUGCUGCCGGCGCUUAUGCCUUGCAUGAGAAGCAUAAGGAAAAGAAGGACCCAGAGCACGCCCAUAAGCACAAGAUAGAGGAGGAAAUAGCUGCUGCCGCCGCCGUUGGGGCCGGCGGGUUCGCCUUCCAUGAGCACCACGAGAAGAAGGAGGCCAAGAAAGAAGAUGAAGAGGCUCAUGGCAAGAAGCACCACCAUCUCUUCUAAACCAUGGGAGGAUCUCCGUCUCUGUCUCUUCUUGCUAUCUGUGUUGUUUAUGUAAUCUUAUUUCAAGAAAGAAGAUGAAUAGACUGCCCUCAAUAGUCGCUGUACUUUUGCGGAGGGUGGUUCUUGAAUCUUGAAUCUGCUGCUUGUGAAUGCUUCCCUGAGAAGAUGAGCAUGUGUGUGUUUGGGCUUUGUCUUGUACUGGUUGUAUCUUGGGUGUUUAAUAAUAUUAUCCUCUGAUGAUCUGAUUUCUUC